AUGAAGCUUCUCAAGCUCCUCCUCUUACUUUUCCUAUCUCAUUUAGCAUCUGCCACAUCUAUUGACCAACAGCAACCUCUCCACGGGGACGACGACCCCGCACUCGCAAGCUCAAGCUCAAGCUCCAAGCUCCUCGCCCUCCACAAAGCCCUCGCCAAAAUCGAGUCCAUCACCGGACACGAACACGAUGUCGCACAAUACCUCAUCGACUACCUCUCCCUCCAAAACCUCACCGUCGAGACACAAGACGUAGGGCCCGGGCUCGACGGCCGAGGUCCAAGACAGAACAUAUUGGCUUAUAUUGGGAAAGAGAGGAAGACAAAGGUGCUUGUUUCGAGCCAUAUCGAUACCGUGCCCCCAUUUUGGGAGUACGAGAGGAAGGGGGAGGAGAUCUGGGGAAGGGGGACGGUGGAUGCGAAGGGCAGUGUCGCUGCGCAGAUUAUUGCGGUUGAGGAGUUAAGGAAGAAGGGUAAGCUUGGGGAGGGAGAUGUGGGCUUGCUGUUUGUGGUUGGGGAGGAGACGGGUGGGGAUGGGAUGAAGAAGGCUAAUGAUCUCAGCCUGAAAUGGGAGACGGUUAUCUUUGGGGAGCCGACUGAGCUGAAGCUUGCUAGUGGGCAUAAAGGGAUUUCUGGGAUUAUUAUCACGGCGAAGGGGAAGGCGGGGCACAGUGGGUAUCCAGAACUGGGCAGGAAUGCUAUUGCGAUGAUUGUGCCGGCGUUGAAUGAGUUGUUGAAGGCGAACCUGCCGUGGAGUGAGAAAUAUGGGAAUACGACGUUGAAUUUUGGGACGAUUGAGGGCGGCGUGGCGCCGAAUGUUAUCGCGGAGGAAGCGAGGGCCGCCGUGUCAAUAAGGAUUGCUGAUGGGGAACCGGCUGUUGUUGAGAAGGUACUUUUGGAUGCUAUUCAAAAAGCUGGGCAAGAGCUUGAUGUUCAGUUUGUUCCGGGCUAUGGCCCGAUAUAUAUUGACAGUGAUGUUCCAGGAUUUGAGACCAUCAUAGUAAAUUAUGGUACUGACAUCCCUAACCUCAAGGGAGACCACAAAAGGUACUUAUAUGGACCUGGAACCAUACUUAUGGCGCACAGUGACCAUGAACAUCUUACAAUUUCAGACCUGGAAACUGCUGUGAAGGGGUAUAAAUCCCUGAUUGAGCACUCGUUGAAGUAG